AUGUCUCUAGCUAUAGUAGCCUUAUAUUUUAGUUGUAAUAUGUUAUUUGUUAUUGAGGCACUGUUCGAAUUCCAGAGCAGUCUCACAAAUGGCGCCCUGGGUGCAUUGUUGCUGCCUCGGAGGGCACAGUGGCUGUGUGGCGUGAAAGUUGGGGGAGAAAGUAAGCACGGUGAUACAGGAGCAACUACGGAUAACAAAUUUUUUAUUCGCAGUGUGGAGAUGUCUAAGCGCCAUUUGAAUGCUCAAGCUGGCGUCAGCAGACGUAGCAAACGUAGAAAAAACUCCGACAGUUGCUUCAAGGCCAGAAUUUUUUUGGAUGACGAGGCAGAGGUUAGCUCAGGGGAUGGAGAGAGAGACGAUGAAACUCAAAAUGAAUUGUUUGUGGUUCCGGAUGACGAUUUCGGUGAACACGGCAACAUGGGCGAACACAUUGUGCAAUCUGCAUCUCCUUUGAUGGACACAUGCCGCUAUCAAUUCCAACUCCUCACCAACAAUUCUUCCAACCCCUCGUCAGCUAGCGUUUGGAAGGAUAAGGUCGAGCACCUUUUUACCCGGUUCAACAAUCCAGACUCGAAGUCAUUAGAUACCGCACCAGACCCGCGAAACCAUAGCAUAGGAGAUUUUGUUGCACCUGUAACCUCGGGCAAAUGGAUGGUAACGGUGCCUGCGGCCAAGACAUCAUUUCUGGCGACAUGCCUCAGUGAAUUCGGCUUGGAGACCCAAACACAUUCCACACUUCCUGGGCGUUUGUAUGUCACUGCCCCAAAUUCGCUCCUCAUCCGAGCUGCUUUUCCACCCUCCCAUACUGAGUGCUUCCUCCGAUGCGAAUUCAUUCCUGGCGAUCAAACUCAACCUACCAGCAUGGCUCUUCCUGGGUGGUAUCGCAUGACACGUGGUUCAUACAAUCGCGAUGCAGCAUAUGGACUAUCUUAUAAGGAUGGCAUUCUCACUUUGUUAGUGGCCUCUAGACAACUUGGCGACCCAAAGGAUGUUGGCAAUCUGAAGAACGAGCGCCGCCUCUUCAAGAAUCCUGAUGGCGUCCAAAGCUGCACGUACAAAGGACAAAAAUAUGUCCAUGGCCUGUUGUGCAUCGAAUGCAGAAGAACGGAUGUCGUCACAUUAUCCCUCCCCACUGCGCAGGACAUAGCCCUCCACAUGCAGUCUGGGUGCAAUCCAGAAUUUCUUGCAGCCAGCAUACAUGCAUAUUCAACUCAGUAUUGGAUUGAGGGAGAUGAGGUGCGGGUCAUUUCUGGGGCCAUGUCAGGGAGCUGGGGCUUGAUACUGGACAUUAACAUCAAUGAUGGCACGGUAUUGGUGGAUCUGGCAUAUGUCCCAGGAUCGAAUGACACACUUGUCAAUAUCGAGGACUCAGUCUCAUUCCCCAUUGCGGACCUACGGAGGCGUAUCCGAGCAGGUCAACUUGUCCGUGUCUUAGAUACGAGUGCAGAGGAACCAUAUUACAAGGGGAAGAGUGGUAUAGUUGUUGAAGCUGGUGACAAUAUGCUUGUCAUUCUGGAUUCCGUCAGUAAAACUGAGUUCACCGUAUCGAGUCACUCCGUCGAAACAUACAUUGUCGACCAGGGGUUGUCCACAUUCUUCAGUAGCACGUCCCAAAAAUUGGUAGCGCUUCCUGACGACGACGACGCACCGAUGAGAGGUGAUCACAUUAUAGUACGAAAAGCGGGCAGUCUUUAUAUGAUAACUGGGACUGUGACAAAUGUCAACUUUGCAUCAGGGCAAUUGACUUUCCUUGUCAGAGGAACAUCAGACAACUGUCAAACGGUCCCGAUCCGGUGGACCACUUCCUCUCGUAACCCAGCUGCCCUACAAUUAACCUCAGCAAGCGGAUAUGAUGUGGUGGCUGGAGACUUAAUAAAGGUGGUGAGGGGAAGACACUGGAACAUGACGGGCACAGUCCUUACUGUUGACCUGACUAGCCAUACCUUAACAUUUCGUAGCGGCUACUCAAAUAUCACUGUUCCUAUAACUUGUGCAUCCAGACUUAAUGAGGGACAGAAGCAUGACCCUAUGGCACGGUUCAUUGGAAAACAAGUUGUAGUUAUUCAUGGGCAUUGGAAAUCACUGCGUGGAACCCUGCGCUCUCUUGCACACAAUACCUGUCAAGUGGACCUUUUUCAAGGUCAAAGACAGCGAAUUCAGCGAAGUGAUGUCGUUAGUGAAUCAGGGACACUCCUUGAUGGAGGUAGAUUAUCAGAUGAACAGCUGCAAGCAUUCAUUCAGAUGUUGCGUCGGUCAUAUAUCCUGAAAGCUCUAAGAGCCGGUACUCCCCCUCCCAGCCCGCCUCCCGAUCCACCGGCACAAUUGGAACCAACAACUCACCCCAAUGCCUCCUCAGCUUCCACGCAUGUAUCCAACACACUGGAGUUUGACCCUUGGAAAAUCAAUCCAGUGGACAGGGAGGACAUGUUGAAGGGCGAGCCUGAUGUCCCAGAAUCUUCUCGCAACAGUAGCUUAAGCUCCAUACUAGCCCGGCGUUCAUUGGUUUUAAGGGUGUUACCAGCGCCAAAUGGCUGGUAUCAGAACUACCAUGAUCGCCUGGUUCGCACAGUAGUUCCGGAUCCAUUCCUUUUACCGAGUGGGCCGGUCGAGGAUGGAAACAUCGCAGUCACUUAUGUUUCAAGAUCAAGUAACAAGGGGACAAAACAUGAUAAAAUUCCCUUUCGUUACAUCACUGCAGAGCCCCCGACAGGCAAGGGCAAGGAUUUUGUCUUGAUAUGUGGAGAUGGUAUCGGAACUAUACACACCACAAAGAAAGCGAUGAGGGACACAAAGAAGGUGACAAAGGAUUCCAAUGUCAUCACAACGAUGGAAGUUACUUCAAGUGUAUUGUCAUCCCCAAUGGUGUAUGAAACAAUUGUGCCUUGA